CUAAACCAAUAAAAUCACUGAAUUCGGUUGUGUCAUUUCGACAGGGAAGAAAGAAACUGCAAUAAGUUUUGUGGCUUGUAGAUUUACAGAAGUUUCGAGCGAAGAUAGCUCUGUUUUCGCCACACUCAGAUAAUCGUUUGAAUUGGAAAUGGCUGGAAGAAAAUUGAGUGCCAUUCCCCUCUCUCGGUCCGAGGUGUUUGGAGAGCUGCGGAAGGAGCUGCAUGAUGACAAGGAGUUCCAUCAUUCCGACGCUCACAUCUUCAUCAUCAUGGGAGCGUCGGGGGAUCUAGCCAAAAAGAAAAUCUACCCAACUCUGUGGUGGUUGUUUAGAGAUGGUCUACUCCCUGAACAGACUCACUUUGUGGGCUUUGCCCGCUCUGACCUGACGGUUGAUUCCAUCAAAACUGCCUCCAUGCCCUAUAUGAAGGUGGCAGACUCUGAGGGGGAGCGGUUGUCUGUGUUCUUCAGCCGUAACUCUUAUGUCAGUGGGAAGUACACUGAGGAGAGUGCCUUCUCCAACCUCCACACCCACCUGUUGUCCCUGCCCGGGGGGGGCAAGGCCAACCGCCUCUUCUACCUCGCCCUGCCGCCCAGCGUCUACCACGAUGUCACCAAGAACAUCAAGCACCACUGCAUGAGUACCAAGGGCUGGAGCAGAGUGAUUGUGGAGAAGCCAUUUGGUCGUGACCUGCAGAGCUCAGAGGAGCUGUCCACCCACCUCUCUUCCCUGUUCACUGAGGACCAGAUCUACCGCAUAGACCACUACCUGGGCAAGGAGAUGGUGCAGAACCUCAUGGUCCUCAGGUUUGGGAACCGGAUCUUUGGGCCCAUCUGGAACAGGGACAGCAUAGCUUGUGUGGUCCUCACCUUCAAAGAACCCUUCGGCACCCAGGGCCGGGGCGGCUACUUUGACGACUUUGGAAUCAUCCGGGAUGUCAUGCAGAACCACUUGCUCCAGAUGCUCUCGCUGGUUGCCAUGGAGAAGCCUGCCUCCACCAGCUCUGAUGAUGUCAGGGAUGAAAAGGUGAAGGUGCUGAAGUGCAUUGCCCCCAUUACCAUGUCAGAUGUGGUGUUGGGGCAGUAUGUGGGUGACCCAGAGGGAGAGGGGGAUGCCAAGCUGGGUUACCUUGAUGACCCCACCGUCCCCAAAGGCUCCACCCAGGCCACUUUCACCACAGCUGUGCUCUACGUGCACAACGAGCGCUGGGAUGGUGUUCCCUUCAUCCUGCGUUGCGGCAAAGCCCUGAACGAGAGGAAAGCGGAGGUGCGGUUGCAGUUCACGGAUGUUCCGGGGGACAUCUUUGGAGCGCAGUGUCGUAGGAAUGAGCUGGUGGUGCGUGUGCAGCCCAACGAGGCCGUCUAUGCCAAGAUGAUGAGCAAGAAACCAGGAGUGUAUUUCCACCCGGAGGAGACUGAGCUGGACCUCACCUACAAAAGCCGAUAUAAGGAUGUGAAUUUGCCCGACGCCUACGAGCGUCUCAUCCUGGACGUCUUCUGUGGCAGCCAGAUGCACUUUGUCAGGAGUGAUGAGCUGAGGGAAGCCUGGAGGAUCUUUACGCCUCUCCUUCAUCAGAUCGAGAGCGAGAAGCCUCCCCCCAUCCCCUACACAUAUGGAAGCCGGGGUCCAACAGAAGCAGAUGAGCUUUCAAAGAGGGUUGGUUUCCACUAUGAAGGAACAUACAAAUGGGUCAACCCCCACAAACUGUGAAACAGGAUGGCAGGAGAGGGGGAGGGGCCAGAGCGGGGUAAAUGAGCAGCAAUACUUUGGUCUGAUGGAGUUAUUGCUCUUUCCUUUCUAGACCUGUCAGGGCAACAGUCAAGAGAGAUUAGGAUAUAUAUGUAUGUAUGGAAAGGAAGCUAUGUAAAAGUAUAGGAACAGACUAGGUCUCAGCUACUACAUGAAUGCUCAUCAGGUCUUAACUAGUCGGGGGGGCGGCACUUAACCACUGGGGAUGAAGGGAGCGAUAGAAACGCGAGCCAAAUUUCUGUUUCUCCCUCUUCUUCCUGAAGUGUGCACUCUUUUGGUUCUCUUCAUGGAUUCAAAAGCUGUGGAUGUGAUCUGAUUCUCUACCCUGCCACUGCUUGUUUCCAACAUACUCCUCACACCAGUCCGUUCCAUAAGAUGGAGUGUUCAAGUGCAAAUGUAAGAUUGGUAGAAGAGUAGAUAAUAGGACUGUAGCCAUUGAAUGGGUGCAGGCCUGCGCUGGACAGAUUUUCCACUGUCUGAGGUAGUGUACGAAUACACACUUCAGGGAAAAGGGGGUGAAACAGAAUUAGGCCUGAGUUGUGACAUUAGUAACCAUAGCUAUCAAAAGUUGGACCUGGAGAUGGAGAACAAAAUGUAGAUAACCCACUUAUGGUGGGAAUUACAAUGAAUGUCUACCACCCUCCGGUAUCACCACAUGUAUAAACGGAUAUAAUGGUAAUACUUUAUAAUGCUCUGCAGUUGGUUUUUUACUAUUAAGGUUAUCCUUUUGUUUUUCUCAUGCUAUUUUGGACCAAGGAAAACCAUGUUGCAUAGUAAUAAUUCUUAUUGUUACUAUGAAGUGGGUUCAGAACAUGGUGGUUUAAUGCAGAGGUCAAUAUUUCCUGCAGGCAGUUUCUCAUCUUGAAUUUCUAAAGAGCAACAUUGUAUUUAGAACAAAGCUUUGUGCUGAAUUCCAAGAACUGAGUUCUCUCAUUCUCACUCUCAGUUACUUUGCUUUUUUCUUACAUUUCCAGGCAUGGCCUAUUUAAGUUAAUUUUCAUUUUGGAUAAGAGUUUAGAAAUGACAUGGUCUGUCACAGGGUCAACAUAAUGCUGUCUAUUUAAUGAUAUACUGUGUUAUAGACUGAACAUUCACGUGUUAUUUCCAGAACUUAUUUUUGUGUUCAGUCUCCAUUGAUACAGGUAUUUUGUGUUUAAGGGGUUUGGUCUCUAGAAGUAUCUUUGCUUCUUGUCACUUGACCAUAAUAAAACAAUGUUGCUGCUUUUUUUUGGUUUUAAUUUAUAUGCUCAAUAAAUAGAUUUGCAUUACAA